UAACUCACUGAGAAAAUCUUGAUAGAAGUACAGAGACUUCUUGACAGAGAUGUGACCUGCCCAGACAUCAGGAACGAUCUGCCCAUAUUGUCGAUAGCUGAAGUUGAUUAUUUCAAAGGACUAUCUAUCCGGACAAAUAGCAAUGGGGAAACUUUUGCUAUUUUUAUUGGUUUCUUUUCUUUUGCUGGAUGUGACAUUUCAAUCCAAAGGGAAAAGGGCCAAGAAAUCCAAGUGCAACAUCACUGUAAUUCCCAGAACAUUUAAAGGAGAAAUCAUACAGUUAAAGUCUGUCUCUCUCCCUAAUGCCUGCCAACAGACACAGACACAGCAAGCACCCCAUUAUUCUGCCCCCCCCACUGCCUCUGCUCCUACCCCUCCGGCGCUGUUGUUGCUAAGCAACGACACCGCGGUGUACCUCACCGGCCCCCUGAGCAGGUGGGUCAUCCCCAGUUUUUACAUGCUGGCCAUUGUCGUGGGGAUCCCGGCCAACGUCGCCAUCUUGUCCACCGUGGCCAUUGAAGUCAGGAGGGUGUCGUCAGCCAUCCUCUACUGCAGCCUGGCCAUCUCCGACCUCUUCCUCCUCCUCUCCCUCGUCUUCAAGGCCCACUACCAUCUCCACGGCAACCACUGGGUGUUCGGCGAGACUGCCUGCCGCAUCGUCACAGCCUGUUUCUACGGCAACCUGUACUGCUCGGCACACACACUAGCCUGUAUUAGCGUCAAACGUUACCUGGCCGUGGUGCGCCCGUUUCUCUACAAGAGCCUCCCCAAGAGGGCCUAUACCGCCUGGGCCAGCGUGGUUGUUUGGGGGGUGUUUGGGGCUGCUGUCAUACCCGAGCUCCUGGUCCGGCAGAGCUACCACCUCCCUCAGCUAGGCCUCACUACUUGCCAUGAUGUUCUUCCACUGGACUACAGCUCCCAUGCUCCUCUGCUCUACUACAAGCUGGGCCUGACCUUUCUGGGUCUACUAGUCCCACUGGUGGUCACGGCUGUGUGUUAUGCACGGAUAGUCCGAGAACUCAACCACUCACACCACGACUGGGCGCUGUAUGUCAAGGCUACCUCGCUGGUGUUUGUGAUUUUUGUGGCAUGUUUCGGCCCCGCCGGGACCCUCCACUUCCUGCAUUAUGUGCGUCUGUUGGCGGGUGUAGAGGACAGCUUCUACGGCUACUUCAAUGUGGCAGUGUGUCUGUGCUGUCUGCAUGCCUGUCUGGACCCAUUCCUCUUCCUCCUUAUGUCGAAAUAAACCGGAUCCAAACUCCACUUCAUGACUCUGAGCAUCUCCACCUGAAUCCUAAUCUGGAACAAAAGUAAAAAAUAAUCCACAUUUAUUCCAUGAUCUUCAAGGGGAAGACCAUGAGCAUCCCCACCUGAAUUUGACGUAACCUGGAUUAGAAUUUGGGUCAGGCCUAAAUUUGGGUCAGCCACUUCAAUCUAGAUAUCAACUAUGUGACUGACUAUUGGAAGAUAAGGCCAGAAACUGGAUCAGGGUUUGAGACAGUUAUAGAUCUCAGUGAGGUUUCUCAUCUCAGAUCCAGUUUCAUAUGUGAAAUCGGUUUAGAUCUGUGUGUGACUCUUUUUUCUUUUUUUAACCCUUAUUUUACUAGGUAAAUUGACUGAGAACACAUUCUCAUUUACAGCAAAGACCUGGGGAGUAGUUACAGGGGAGAGGAGAGGGGAUGAAUGAGUCAAUUGGCAAUUUGUUGUUGGCAAGUCAUAAACGGGACCCUUCCAACCACAAACAGAGAGAGGAACGUCAACUACUGUAUCAAUGCUGGGACUCUGAGUAGACUGGACUGGAAUUCUGUGUGUGUGUGUGUGUGUGCGUGUGUGUGCGUGUGUGUGUGUGGGGGGGGGGGGGGGGCUAUAUAUGUCUAUUGUAUGUGUUGUUUACUUACAAAACCUAUUAAAAAUGUUUUUAAUGAUACAUGUGAAAUAUUUACAUUUGGCCAAAUAAUGUAUACAUUCCAACAUAUAUUACAGAAUGUACUUCAAAUGUAAAUACAGGGCCUUCAGAAAGGAUUCACGCCUCUUGACUGUUUCCACAUUUUGUUGUGUUACAAAGUGGGAUUAAAAUGUAUUUAAUUGUGAA